GGCUGUCUUCUUCUCUCUCGUGCGUGGGUUUAGGUGUUACGAUUGAAUUAGCUGCGACCAUUGUUUGAGAGGUGUUACGGAUUGAAAUCGCUGCAACCACUGUUUGAGAGAUUUCGAUUUGGAACCCUAAAAAGUUUCAAAGACUUCACCGAUCCACUUCUUGAAGAAACUCGAAUCCGUAGACAUUUCUGUGAUACUCCCGUCUUGUGAAUUCUUUUUUCAUCGAGAAAUUGCUUUCUAGUUUGUGAUGGGUGGUCUGUCUAUGGAGGAAUUGCCUUUAUCAGCGUUGUUCGAGCAAGCAAGGAAAAUUCAUCUCGCGGCUUCAGAGUCUGGUACCGAUCAGGAUGUUGUGAAGAAAGGAUGUGAGAUGUUUCAGAAAUGCGAAGACAUGAUCGGAAAAUUGGGCUUGUUCUCUUCUAACGAGACUAAAGAAGAUAUCAGCACGAACAAUCUCAAGUACCUUUUGGUGCCUUAUUAUCUUGCGGAGUUGACGGAGAAAAUCAUACAGGAGGACCGUAUUCAGAUUGUCAAGGCCUCAUAUGCAAAGUUGAAGGAGUUCUUUUCGUUCUGUGAGGCAAUGGAACUUGUUCCAGAUGAGGAGUUGGAGGCUUCUUCACGAAGUUCUGGUGCACCUGCAGAUCGAAGGGCUUUGAAGAUAGCUCGCUUCAAACGUCAAAAGGCUGCAGAGGCAAAGCUUCUUGAAAUUAAAGAAAGGAAGGAGCGACGUGGACGUUCCACUAAAGCAGCAGCCUUGUCGACUCCAGUUGAAUCUGGAGAAGAUGAUAUUCCAGAUGAUGACAGCGAAGAAGAGAGAGAGGCCUGGCUCUCCUCAAUUAACUUGGCUAUUUGUAAGGCUAUUGAUCUGUUGGAAAUGCUAAAGAGAGAAGAGGAAAUGCUCUCUGCAAUAAAGGAAAGACAGUUGAAGGAUGGAGAGGAUGGGUUCUCUCGGGAUGCUCUUGAUGAUCGUACAAAGAAAGCUGAAACCUGGCACAGAGACGCUGCUGCAAGGAUACAGUACUCUAAACCGGCACAACCAAUCACUUGUGCCACAUUUGCACAAGAUGUGUUAGAAGGAAGAGCUUCUGUAUCACAAGGUCACGACCACAAGAACCAACCUCUUAUAUUCGGUCCAGCAAGCAUCGUGGGUGGACCGCUCUCUACCGAGAGAGAGAGGAUGAUAGCUCAGGUUUUCCAACCAAGUCACAGGAUGCCAACAAUGUGCAUAGAGGAUGCUGGGUUAACAGAGAUGAACAUAAUGAAUGAUUGGCAAGAGCAGACGAAAAAAGCCAUUGAAGAAGCAACGACCUCAUGGUACAAUGAUAAACCUCUAAGAAGAAAGGAAGAAGAAGAGGAAGAGGAUGAUGAAGACGAAGAAGCUGUAAUGAAAGCUAGAGCUUUUGAUGAUUGGAAGGACGAUAAUCCUCGUGGUGCAGCCUUAAGACUGUUACAGAUUUACAGCAUAAGAUUAACUAGUACUAGAUUCACUUUCAAAUUGGUACCUUAUUACCUUGCGGAGUUGACAGAGAAAAUCAUACAGGACGACCGGAUUCCGAUUGUCAAAGAGUUCUUUUCGUUCUGUGAGGCAAUGGAACUUGUUCCGGAUGAGGAGUUGGAGGCUUCUUCACAAGGAGGUUCUGGUGCACCUGCUGAUCGAAGGGCUCUGAAGGCUGCAGAGGCAAAGCUUCUUGAAAUUAAAGAGAGAAAGGAGCGACGUGGACGUUCCACUAAAGCAUCAGCUUUGUCGACUCCGGUUGAAUCUGGAGAAGAAGAUAUUCCAGAUGAUGACAGCGAAGAAGAGAGAGAGGCCUGGCUCGGUUAGUCUAAAAAUCAUUUCAUUAGAAUCCUAUGAUUUGUCACAAGUUGAGGAGGCCCACUCUUAUGAUUGAACUUCGCUACAGGCUAUUGAUUUGUUGGAAAUGCUAAAGAGAGAAGAGGAAAUGCUCUCUGCAAUAAAGGAAACACUGUUGA